AUGCCCAAUCGCACAAUAGGCAACGCCAUUCUAUACACAGCGUUGGCGCUGUUCGGCGCCUACACCGUCUGGGCCGUCGUUCUCCCGUUCCUACCGGACGACUCGCCAGUGCACGAAUGGGUACCAGACCGCAAGUGGGCCAUCGUCCUCCCGUCCCUGGUGCUCGUCAUGGGGCUGAGCACCGUCGGCGUGUACAUCGGCUUGCUGAUGCGGCAAGAUGCACUGCUCGAACUAAAGGAGCGCGAGCACGAGGUCGGAAAGCAACAGCGGUAA